AUGUUAACAAUUUCAAAAAGAGGUUUUGAGCAAUUGAAUGAUGUCAGGAAGGGGGACAUUGGUGGACUGAAUGACCAGGAAUUUAGCCAUUUUUGCUUGGGAGUUGGCCAGCGUGCAGGAAGUGAACUGGCUGGCAACACACAUGUAGCAAAUCAGGUCCACAUUAUAACUGAAUCUCCAGGCCGUGUGAGGAGCCGCGGAGCUCGGGCUCGGGCUGACGGCACUCUGGCUACUGCCGCCGCCGCCGGACAGUCCCGAGGCCCCGGGGGGGCCGACAGCCAGCGGGCGGGAGGGGCGGGCGGCGGCCCGCACUGCGUGUGCAUGGUGUCGGACUUCUUCUACCCCAACAUGGGCGGGGUGGAGAGCCACAUCUACCAGCUGUCGCAGUGCCUGCUGGAGCGGGGCCACAAGGUGGUGGUGGUGACCCACGCGUACGGGCGCCGGCGCGGGGUCCGCUACCUGACCCGCGGCCUGAAGGUCUACCACCUGCCGCUGCGGGUCAUGUACAACCAGUCGACGGCCACCAGCCUGUUCCACAGCCUCCCGCUGCUGCGCUGGGUGCUGGUGCGGGAGCGGGUCGGCCUGGUCCACGCGCACAGCUCCUUCUCGUCCAUGGCCCACGACGCGCUCUUCCACGCCAAGGCCCUGGGCCUGCGCAGCGUCUUCACCGACCACUCGCUCUUCGGCUUCGCGGACGUGAGCUCGGUGCUGACCAACAAGCUGCUCGCCGUGUCCCUGUGCGACACCAGCCACGUCGUGUGCGUGUCGCACACCAGCAAGGAGAACACGGUGCUGCGGGCGGCCCUGGACCCGGCCCGCGUCUCCGUCAUCCCCAACGCCGUGGACCCCACCGACUUCACCCCCCGGGCCGGCGGCAGGCCCGACCCCCGCACCCUCACCGUGGUGGUGGUCAGCAGGCUGGUGUACCGCAAAGGAAUAGAUUUGCUUGCUGGUAUAAUUCCAGAAUUAUGCCAGAAGUAUCCUAACUUGCACUUUCUCAUUGGUGGUGAGGGACCUAAAAGAAUUGUACUGGAGGAAGUGCGAGAAAAAUAUCAACUCCAUGACAGGGUACGUCUUCUGGGUGCUCUGGAACAUAAAGAUGUGAGGAAUGUUUUGGUUCAGGGACACAUUUUCCUCAACACUUCUCUGACAGAAGCCUUCUGUAUGGCAAUUGUUGAAGCAGCUAGCUGUGGUCUCCAGGUUGUCAGUACAAAGGUCGGCGGUGUCCCAGAGGUUCUGCCAGAGGAUCUUAUAAUCCUGUGUGAACCUACAGUCAAAUUUCUAUGUGAAGGACUGGAAUCUGCUAUUAAACGGCAGCAGUUAGGGACUCUACCAUCAGCUGAAGCUAUCCACAACAGAGUGAAGAGUUUAUACAGCUGGAGAAAUGUGGCUGAACGUACUGAAAAGGUAUACGACCGCGUAACCAAAGAGAUGGUGCUGCCAAUAGACAAACGACUUAAAAGAUUAAUGACCCAUUGUGGCCCUGUGGCCGGUUGUAUAUUUGCAUUAAUUGCUGUGUUAGAUGUCCUUUUCUUGUUCUUCCUGAGGUGGCUAGUUCCAGAUGAUAUUAUUGACAUUGCUGUAGAUGCCACUGGUGUGAAAGGAGUUUGGAAGCAACAAGAAAGUUUCUCAACGAUUAAAAAACAUGGCAAAACUCCAAGAAACAAUUGCAAAGUACAGACAUGAGGCUCUGUUUACACCCGAUCCAAGACUCUACCUGUUUUUUAGUUUAUUUAUGAAGCUGAGUAAUUAUUUGGCUGUUUUGCUACCUCUUAAAUGCCUCUUAAAAUAUUGGUAUAACAUUUUUAAAAUAAAUUUAAUAUAAAUUGAUUGAAGUAUA